AUGGAUUUUCUGAGCGGCAGCGGUGCUGGGCUGAGGUCGGAGAUGCAUGGGGAACAAAGCGAGGAAGGUUCACGAUUAUAUCCUGUUGCUGACUUCAACUUCUCUUUCAUGCUUAACGAAACGAACCAGUCCUUUGGAGAGUACGCUCACUUGUCUGAUUUGGAGAAAAGUGAUUUAUUCGGGGAUGGAUCCGCCGUCCUGAGAAUAAUAAUCUCUGUGAUUUACUCUGUGGUCUGUACCUUGGGGUUGAUAGGAAACAUCCUUGUAUUAUAUCUCAUGAAGUCUAAACAAGUCUGGAAGAAAUCGUCCAUUAACCUUUUCGUGACGAGUUUAGCGUUGACUGAUUUCCAGUUUGUAUUAACUCUUCCUUUUUGGGCAGUGGAGAACGCUUUGGACUUCACCUGGCUUUUUGGAAAAGCCAUGUGCAAGAUAGUGUCUUACGUGACAGCGAUGAAUAUGUACGCAAGUGUGUUUUUCCUGACUGCUAUGAGUGUGGCACGGUACUGGUCGGUUGCAUCGGCUCUCAAGAGCAGGCGGCGCCGUCACCGCUGCUGCUCCGCGCGUCUUAUGAGCAUUGUCAUAUGGGUUGCUGCUAUAUCCGCAGCUUUGCCCCAUGCGGUGUUCUCAACAACGGCGACUGUCUCCAACGAGGAACUGUGCCUUGUUAAAUUUCCAGACACCGUUGACGCACAAUUCUGGCUUGGACUUUACCAUAGUCAAAAAGUACUGAUCGGGUUUCUAAUACCGCUGGGGAUCAUCUCCGUCUGCUACCUGCUGCUUUUGCGCUUCAUCACAUCCAGGAAUGUGAAUACCUCCAGCGCAAAGAGGCGCUCCAAAGUGACAAAAUCUGUGACUAUAGUGGUUCUGUCAUUCUUCCUCUGUUGGUUGCCGAACCAGGCACUAACGGCGUGGGGAAUUCUCAUAAAACUCAACGUUGUGCAUUUCAGUUGGGCAUAUUACACCACGCAGGCAUAUAUAUUCCCAGUGUCUGUCUGUUUGGCGCACUCUAACAGCUGUCUAAACCCCAUAUUGUAUUGUCUAAUGAGAAGAGAGUUCAGAAAGGCUUUGAAAAAACUUUUUUGGCAAAUAACUUCUCCAUCCGUGACCAACAUGAGACCAUUUACGGCGACGACCAAGCCAGAGCAAGACGAGCGUGGACAUGCGUUGGUACCGUUAAGUCCGGCAGAGCCAGCCUUGGUUUUCUAUCCACCUGGUGUUGUCAUUUACAAUGGGAGAAACGAUAUGCUCCCGAACAGUACGUAG